AUGGAAAAGCCCGCAAGACUCAAGAAAACACGGCACAUCCGCCUCCCCAAGUCCAAAACGGGGUGUCGCACAUGCCGGACCCGCCAUCUCAAAUGCGACGAAACACCAGGCGCCUGUCGGAGAUGCACAUCCGCGGGCUUCAAAUGCGACGGCUACGACCUGGAGCGGCUCUCACACAAGCGCAACCUAAACCCGUGCUCUACCAUGGCCCUGACCGAGUACCAGUUCCGCGCCCUGCUGCCGGACAAAACAGCCGAGGAGCGGCGCUUCUUCAACUACUUCCACUCAUUCACCAUCCCCAUGAUGAACGGCUGGUUCGACCACCGGCUGUGGAACUCGCUCGUGCUGCAAAAGUGCCAGUCCGAGCCCGCCAUCUGCCACGCCGUCGUCGCCCUCAGCGCCCUGCAGGAGGUCUCGGAGGUUGCAGGGGUAACCAUCCUGCCUGAGGACAUGGGGAACCGCACGCAUCGCUUCGCGCUGUAUCAGUAUAACCGCUCGAUCGAGAACCUGCGGGCCCGGAUGUGCUCGAAUGACCCGCAGGUGCGCAGCACGGUCUUGCUCUGCUGUCUGCUCUUCAUUGCGUUCGAGCUGAUGCGGGGGCGGCUCGACGAGGCGAUUACGCAUCUGCAUAAUGGGCUGCAUAUCCUAGGGACGAAGAAGUUGGAUUACCACCGUCUGUACCAGAAGCAUCCGGCAGCGGAGCAGGAUAUCGAGCGGUCGCUUGCGGCGGCAAUGGUUCAUCUAGACUUGCAGGGGGCGCAUUUUGGAUUCUCCGAAAUCCAUGAGGCGCUGGAUAUCCCUACCCUGGAGAAAGGGUAUGCUUCGGCUGGGCCAGGACCUGAGCGGUUUCACAGUAUCCAGGAUGGAUGCUUCAUGCGCGACCGGGCACUUCUCCACUUCUGCCUCUGGACGGCCUUCUGCGACAGCUUGUCCGCUGCGGAGAUCGAGGCAGAGCAUGAUGUGUUGAUACGAGAGCAGAAGAAGCAGCUUCUCCAGCUAGCAAACUUUGAGUCUGCGCUUGAUCAGCUAGAGCAGAGACUCUAUGCCGAAGGACCCGUUGCGGACAAGGACCGGCGGUCCCUUGAAGUCCUGCGCAUGCACCAGAAGGGUCUGUUUCUAAUUACGGAAAUCAGCUUGAUCAAAUCCGACGAGGUAAUCCGCGACCUAUACGCCGACCGCUUCUCCGAGGUUGUGGAUAUGGCAGCGAAGAUUACGGCCGGUGUCCAGAGUACAGCACGCGAGGCAGGUCCUCGUCCAACACUCUUGAUGGAUACGACGGUCAUUGGCCCGCUGUACUAUUUCAUUGAGAGGUGCCGGAAUCCAGUAAUCGCGAAGAGAGCAAUCGAGAUUCUCGAAUCGUGGCCGCACCGCGAGGGGAUGUGGGACUCGACUCUGGCCGCGGGAAUGGCCAGGAGUUCAGUGCAGCUGUAG